CAACCCAAGCGCGGGUCUCCAGGCAGCAAGGCCCCCUUUGAUCAGGAAAAUCCAAUUAUUUGUGUAUAUACAUUUCCCACAUAGUGAUUACUUCAUUAAUUGUCCCGCCUUUAUCUCCUCCCUUCCCAUCCCCCCUAAUAAUCAGUUCUUUUAUCCCGACCAACAAACACACCAUAGGAGCUUUGUGGAUUCAAAGGAUUUGCUUUCGCUUCUGAAAGAGCCGCUAUUCUUUGAUGAUUGGGUAGCGGCAAACUUCAAAGCCAUAAAUCUUCCCUCUGACUGGCUGGCGGCCCAGCAAAGUCCUUAUCAAAUUCUUGGAGGUGAUCCUGAAGCGCUCAGACCGCGCGCGGGGCGAGCGAGCGGGGUGCAACGAGGGGCGCUGGCGGGGAGGGCCCCGGAGCGCAGAGAGGGCGCCGGGGAGGGACGCUGGGCGGCCGUUGGUCCUCGCCUUCGGGUCUCCAUGCCUCGGCAGCGCCCUGCUCCGCAGUCAACGGCCCGCAAGCUGUAGCUAUGGCUGCCGUGGCCGUCCUCCGGAACGACUCUCUGCAGGCCUUCCUCCAGGACCGCACCCCCAGCGCCUCCCCGGACCUGGGCAAGCACUCGCCCCUGGCGCUGCUAGCCGCCACCUGUAGCCGCAUCGGCCAGCCCGGAGCCGCUGCGCCCCCGGACUUCCUGCAGGUGCCCUACGACCCCGCGCUGGGCUCGCCCUCCAGGCUCUUUCACCCUUGGACCGCAGACAUGCCGGCGCACUCACCGGGCGCGCUACCGCCCCCGCACCCCAGCCUGGGCCUGACGCCGCAGAAAACGCACCUGCAGCCGUCCUUCGGGGCGGCGCACGAGCUGCCGCUCACACCCCCUGCCGACCCCUCGUAUCCCUACGAGUUCUCACCCGUCAAGAUGCUGCCCUCGAGCAUGGCGGCGCUGCCCGCCAGCUGCGCGCCUGCCUACGUGCCCUACCCUGCACAGGCCGCGCUGCCUCCCGGCUACUCCAACUUGCUGCCCCCGCCGCCCCCGCCCCCGCCGCCCACGUGCCGCCAGCUGUCCCCGAACCCGGCCCCCGACGACCUCCCUUGGUGGAGUAUCCCGCAGGCGGGCACCGGUCCGGGGACUUCCGGGGUUCCGGGGGGCAGCCUCGCCGGCGCCUGUGCGGGGGGCCCCCACGCACCCCGUUUUCCCGCCUCGGCGGCCGCUGCUGCCGCCGCAGCCGCCGCGGCCCUGCAACGGGGCCUGGUGUUGGGCCCGUCGGACUUUGCGCAGUACCAGAGCCAGAUCGCUGCGCUGCUGCAGACCAAGGCCCCCCUGGCGGCCACGGCCAGGAGGUGCCGCCGCUGCCGCUGCCCCAACUGCCAGGCGGCUGGCGGCGCCCCGGAGACAGAGCCGGGCAAGAAGAAGCAGCACGUGUGCCACGUGCCUGGCUGCGGCAAGGUGUACGGCAAGACGUCGCACCUGAAGGCACACCUGCGCUGGCACACGGGCGAGCGGCCCUUCGUGUGCAACUGGCUCUUCUGCGGCAAGAGCUUCACGCGCUCGGACGAGCUGCAGCGGCACCUGCGGACUCACACCGGCGAGAAGCGCUUCGCCUGUCCAGAGUGCGGCAAGCGCUUCAUGCGCAGCGACCACCUCGCCAAACAUGUCAAGACGCACCAGAAUAAGAAGUUCAAAGUUGCUGAGGCCGGGGUCAAACGGGAAGACCCGCGGGACCUGUGAGCCCACCCCGGGGCAACUCGAGGCCUCUCCCGCCUCGGACUCCGGUCCCAGCACCUCUUCCGGGAGCUUCCGGGGCUCUGUGGGCACCUGGCCGAGGGAGGACCCAACAGGCACUUGCGUCUUCCUGCUGCCGGUCUCUCAAAGGCUCCCAGCUUCCCAGGCCCGGCCUGCGGACUGGGACCCUGUGCCCAGGAGAAGCAGGGGAGGUAGGGUUGGGAGCUCUGCGUCACGCAAGGGCGGUUUCAAGCUCUGAACCAUUCCCACCGUCUGGGAGAUCUACAGUUUUGGGGAACCACACUGGGCUGGCCUUGUAUAUAGGAGGCACUGCUGAAUUAAAGCAGAAGGACCUUGGGAGAUUUGAAAUAGUGCUCGGUUUUGGGGGGGGGUUGUUUUGGUUUGUUGUUUUUUGUUUUUCGUUUUUUUACUAGGACCGGGCCGGGCUUUGUACAGGUUAUUUAAAUAGCUUUGUUAAAGAAUAAUUAUAAUAAUUAUAACAUUAAUAAAAAUAUUACUUUUGUCCUCAGCUCCAUGCAGAGCUACAGCAUGAAAUGUCUCUGUAAAGCAAUCAGCAGUUGCAGCCUGAAAAUAAAUACGUUAACUCCGGGGUCACCUCGGGA